AUGGAUUCACAUUCAAAGCAAAGUUCUGAGAAAGAAAAUGAAUCUCGACAUUCUCCUCAACAAGAACAUCACGAACAACAACGACACACCGGUUUCGAAGAUACUAUGCGAAGUGAUCAUAGUUCUGUGAUGGAUUUCAACAAAAGUGGCAUCUUCGUCGAACGUACACUUGCAUUGAUUAAACCAGAUGCAGUUCAUAAAGCCAAUGAGAUCGAAACGAUUCUCCUCAAUCAAGGUUUUACUGUUCUACAAAAACGCCGUGUCAUCUUAACUGCUGAACAAUGUUCAGAUUUUUACAGUGAACAUUACGGAAAGAAGUUUUUUCCAAGUUUAGUUGCAUUCAUGACAAGUGGUCCCAUCGUUGCCAUGGUUUUAGCUAAAGAGAACGCCGUUCAACAAUGGAGAGAGCUAAUCGGACCAACAAAUUCCACUGUAGCAAAAGAAACUCAUUCAGAAAGUAUUCGAGCAUUGUUCGGAACAAAUGAACAAAAGAAUGCAGUGCAUGGCAGUGAUAGUGAAGUUAGUGCUGAACGUGAGAUUCGAUUUUUCUUUCCAAAUUGCAUUGUCGAACCAAUCCCAAUGGGACAGCCAGCGAAAGAUUAUCUGGAACAAAACGUUAAUAAGACGUUAAUGAAAGCAUUGACAGCCUUAUGUAAAGAAAAACCGAAAGAUCCAGUCUUAUGGUUAGCUGACAAAUUAAUGGAAAUCAAUCCAUACAAACCAAAAUUAACUCAAGUUCAUUCAUCAUCUCCUGUAGAUGACGUCAUUAUCAUCGAGUGA